AUGAUUCUGAGCGGUCUCCAGAUUAUCAACCGUCAGCUGGUACGGAACCUGCAACUCGUUGGGCAGCAGCAACAACCAUGUGGCAUAGACCUGACCUUACGCCAAGUCUCCAAAUGGACCUCAGCAGCUACAAUCGAUUUCGACAACACGAAUCGUCAGUCCGCCAAAGUCUCACAGUUGCCCUUCGACGAUCACACCCAAAAAAUCAAUUUACAACAAGGAGCCUACUUGGUUGAUUUCAACGAAACGGUUCAAAUCCCACUAAACUGCAUGGCAAGUGUGUUUCCUAGAUCGUCUCUAUGGCGGUCUGGUAUAGGUAUCCAUGCCGGAGUCGUUGACGCGGGAUACGAGGGGGCGAUGGGUGCCUUGAUGGAAGUCAAGAAUCCCAAUGGGGUUGUACUAUACCAGAAUGCGAAGCUUGCACAGAUUGUAUUUGAAGAAGUGGGGGAGACAGUCGACGGUUAUAAAGGUGUUUAUCAGUCUUCGACAAGUAGUGUUGGACGGGAUGGGGGUUGUCAAGCAUGA